GAAAGCGCAUUCAAAGGCACAUCGCUUUCUUUUACAGCCAUAUUUCCUCGCCUGCUUUGGAGACACCGAAAAGUUUCAAGGUCUGUAGAACACUACUAAGAUGGCCUCUGCAGAAGUCAACUCUCCACUCCAUCUGAUGAGGAGCGUCAAAGAAGAGACAGAGGAGUUCAGCUUAGCUGACUCUCCAUCCCAGCUGAACAUAAAAGAAGAGAGAGGAGAGGUCCCUGGUUCUCCAGAACAGCUGAACAUAAAAGGAGAGAGAGAAGAGUUCCCUGCGUCUCCAUCCCAGCUGAACAUAAAAGGAGAAGAGAGAGAAGAGUUCCCUGGUUCUCCAGAACAGCUGAACAUAAAAGAAGAGACAGAGCAGUUCCCUGGUUCUCCACCUCAGCUGAGGAGCGUAAAAGAGGACAGCGAGGAGAUCCUGCGUUCUCUGUACAGUCUGAGGAGCGUAUCUGUAGUGCUGGUGGACUGCUGUAGACCACAAGGACGGCAGGAGAACAAUGAAGAGAACCACAGAGAUGCCGAGGCAACCAAGAGAUCUGGGCAUCAGUUACACUGCGGGUCCAGUGGAGAGGAGUUACGUGGAAAAACACAUUCUGCUGCCCUCACCACAGAGAGGCCGUACGUCUGCAGUCAGUGUGGCAAGAGCUUCAAGAGAAAAGAUGACCUCCAAAUCCACCAGCGUGUUCACACAGGAGAGAAACCAUUUUCAUGCACUGACUGUGGAAAGAGUUUCUCACAGUUUGCUAACCUCUCCAGACAUCGUCGCAUUCACACUGGAGAGAGGCCGUACCCUUGCAGUCAGUGUGGCAAGAGCUUUAAGAGAAACUCAGACCUCCAAAUCCACCAUCGCGUUCACACAGGAGAGAAACCAUUUUCAUGCACUGACUGUGGAAAGAGUUUCUCACACCCUUCUAACCUCUACAGACAUCGCCGCUUUCACACUGGAGAGAAGCCGUACGCUUGCAGUCAGUGUAACAAGAGCUUCAAGACAGAAGGAGAUCUCCAAAUCCACCUGCGCAUUCACACAGGGGAGAAACCAUUUUCAUGCACUGACUGUGGAAAGAGCUUCUCACAUUCUUCUCACCUUCACAUACAUCGUCGCAUUCACACUGGAGAGAGGCCGUACCCUUGCAGUCAGUGUGACCAGAGCUUUAAGACAAAACAAAACCUCCAAAUCCACCUGCGCAUUCACACAGGGGAGAAACUAUUUUCAUGCACCGACUGUGAAAAGAGUUUCUCAGGGUCUUCUGAACUUCACAUACAUCGCCGCAUUCACACUGGAGAGAAGCUGUAUGCUUGCAGUCAGUGUGACAAGGGCUUUAAGAAAAAAUAUGAGCUCCAAAUCCACCAACGUGUUCAUACAGGGGAGAAACCAUUUUCAUGCACAGACUGUGGAAAGAGUUUCUCGCUGUUUUGUAACCUCCACAGGCAUCGUCGCAUUCACACUGGAGAGAGGCCGUUCAUUUGCAGUCAGUGUGCCCAUAGCUUUCAGACAAAACAAAACCUCCAAAUCCACCAGCGCAUUCACACAAGAGAGAGAACAUAUGCAUGCAGUCAGUGUGACAAGAGCUUUAAGACAAAAUCAGACCUUCAAAUCCACCAGCGUGUUCACACAUGGGAGAAACCAUUUUCAUGCACAGACUGUGGAAAGAGUUUCUCGCGGUCUUCUACCUUCCACGCACAUCGUCGCAUUCACGCUGGAGAGACCGUACGUUUGCAGCCAGUGUGAUGAGAGCUUUAAGAGAAAGAAAGAGUUCCAAAGCCAACAGGUUGUUCACACAGUUGAGAAACCUAAUCGCGAACCGUCCGUCGUGUUCAUGCCACAGAUUUUAGCGUUCGCGAACUGGAAAGUUGGUUUGCUAUGCGAACCGCAAAAUAGUUAUUUUUUCUUGUGGCCGUCAGCAG